UUAAUAAAUGAAACGCAUAUUUAAUUAGCCGCUUGCGAUUAUCGGAGAAAGAUAGGACACAAAAUGGACUAUAAAAGCGUUGAACUGAAAAAUCCACGAUAUAGUUGUAUACCACCAGUGGUGCUAUACGACAUUACCAAAAACGCUAAAGCAAAAUGUUCAAGUUCUUCGUAUUCUUCACCAUUUGUGCCGCCUUGGCCUCGGCCAAUAUGGUGCGUGUGCCCAUCUACAGGAACCCGAACUACAGCAAAACACGUGAAUCCGUGAAGACUGAAGUCGCCUACUUGCGCGGAAAGUACAAUGUGGCCGCACCACGAGGCGUCACUGAACCAUUGAAUAAUUACUUGAAUUUGCAAUAUUACGGUAAGAUUACCAUUGGUACUCCAGCACAGGACUUUUUGGUACUGUUCGAUUCUGGUUCCUCCAACUUGUGGAUCCCAUCGUCGACCUGCCCUACCAGCAACGAGGCCUGCCAAAACCAUGCUAAAUAUGACUCCAGCGCUUCCAGCACCUAUGUAGCCAAUGGCGAGAGCUUCUCCAUCCAAUAUGGUUCCGGAAGUUUGUCUGGUUUCUUGUCACAGGAUACCGUCAGAGUAGCUGGACUUACCAUUAAGAACCAAGUUUUUGCUGAAGCUAUGUUGGAACCUGGUGAUAGCUUUGUUGACUCAAAUUUCGACGGUCUUAUGGGUAUGGCUUUCCAAUCGAUUUCCAAUGACAACGUUGUGCCACCUUUCUACAACAUGUGGUCUCAAGGUUUGAUCAGCAAGAACUUGUUCUCUUUCUACUUGGCUCGUGCUGGAACUUCCUCUCAAGGUGGUGAAAUGAUUUUGGGUGGCUCUGACUCCAGCCUCUACAAAGGUGAACUCACCUACGUACCCAUCUCUCAACAAGGCUACUGGCAAUUCGGUGUGGACAGCGGUAGCAUGGGUGGUCAAGUUUUGUGCUCUGGUGGUUGCCAAGCCAUCGCUGAUACUGGCACCUCUCUCAUUGUUGCUCCAUACUACGGCUAUAUUACCUACAUGAACAUCGUGGAUCCCGAUGGUGAUGGCUAUGUUGAUUGCUCGUCCAUCAGCAGUCUUCCCGAUAUCGAAUUGGUCAUUGGCGGAAAAACAUUCACCAUUCCAGCCUCGCAAUACAUUCUGGAAUCUGAGGGACAAUGCUCACCGGCUAUUAGCUACAUGGGCACAGACUUCUGGAUCUUGGGUGACAUCUUCAUCGGUCUUUACUACACCGAAUUCGAUAUGGGCAAUAACCGCAUUGGUUUUGCUCCAGUCGCAUAAGUGACUUCGACUUAGAAAAAUUUACAAAUUGUUAAUAAAUUUGAGUGUAAUCCUUGAAA